AUGACCACGGUAGACUCAAAGCUCGAACAAUUCGCACUCGCCUGCAAGAGGGAGGAUAGCCAUGUACUUGCCUAUCUAUCGACAGGGUUCUCUAAUGGGUUCUCCGACGUAUGGCACGAGUCUUCGGAGACGCUCUCUCGUGUCCUCGAGUUGCCGAACUUGUCCACGCGUGCAGGUCUCAAGAAGAUACACGCCGACUUCAAGGCCAUACAAGCGCGCUUAAACGCAACAUACAAGCACUUCCGUCGACGAAACCACUACAAUGGCAUGGGUGGUCUUGUGACUAUAUACGUGACCAUAUGUGUGGGCGACACGAUCUUGCAAGAUAGACUGUUCGAUCAUGGUCUCUUCGACAAACUCUUGGCUUUGUUGGAUGAGCCAACGACACGCAAUAUGUCGCUCAUGGCUUUAAACUCUCUGGUUCGCGCGGCGGGCAAGCGUCUAUUCUCGUCCCUCUCCGGCAGUCUACCCGUUCUUCUUCACACCAGGAGCCGCUAUCCCGAGGACGAGAUCACUCAGUCAUUGAUCAUCAGCAUAAUCACUCGCUGCUCAAUGGCGCAGACGACGAGAUCUCUGGACACGCUGCCCCAAGUUCUCUCCAGCACACUUGAUGCCAUGCGCGACCCGAAUAUGACGGCCUGGUCCUUUCGCCACGGUUUACUCUUCCUCAGGGACGCGAUCGACAAAGCGCCGGAGCUCUGUGCUAGCAACCCUUCGUUCAUCACCUUCUACGUCGCUCUCAUGCGCUCUUCCGACCUUCGUCGCCGUAUGCAGGCGUUGGACGGACUAUGGAGACUGGCAUUCAACCUUCCCCAAUCUAUCGCCGCUGAGCAGCCAGUGAAUGCGUUCAGUUUAGUGGCGUUUGUUGAGAUGAAUCCCCUUCCUCCCGACCUCGCCAAGAUCUGCGACACUUUCGGUCGUGACAAGUGCGUGCUCAGCAUGCUCAAGCGCGCCCGCGACAACGUAGCCGCGCUUCUCGUUAUGUCUGCUAUGCCCGAUCCCGAUUACGUUGCCAUUGGGCGCGGACUGGCCACCGAGAUGGUGGCCUGCCCUUACAUGGCUGGGGAUCGCGUGUGCUACUGCUGUGGAGAGCGCUCUGCCCAGACGGAUGGCGGGCCAAUGCCGGAGUUGUUGGAGAAGUGCGCCUCGGCGCUACGCGCCACUGGAACCAAGAAGAACGUGCGGCGUGCUGUGAUCCUGGAACUUCGAGCGCACGCGAUCAACCAUCGGCAACUCUCUACAAGCGAGGCAGAGAAAUAUGAUCUCAUGUCCGUCUAUGCUUCGGAUGUAGUGCACUCUUGUCAGCGGAUAGACCUCUUCCCGCUCAUCAAGAAGGCGCUUCGGCAACCCGCGGGGCGUCCGGCGUGGAUGCAACGUAUGAUGCGGUCCGACGCGGCAAGCCAUGGUUUGCUUCGAGCCGCACGUACAACCGGCGUAUGUGAUGAGGAGCGGGUUGCACUGCUACACUCCGCGCGCGAGGACUCUAUCAAACUCAUGGAAGUCGACGUUGCCUCGCCGGAUUCGCUAUCGAGUCAGGGAGAUUCGGCGACAUAUAUUUUGUCGGCGAUGAUGCUGGACUCGUUGCUGACAACCGAGUCACCAGACAUCAAGGACGCCCUUGAACGCAUCGCAGUCAACAAACGGUUUCUGGAUUAUCUUGGCAAUCCUGUUCGUCCACAAUCGACCGCAAUACGAGUCUCCGAAUUUGUCACCCAGAAUCUAUCGAGCGCCUUGAUGGAGUGGGGCGGCAUGCUCAGUCGCGUCAGCGAGCUCGCCGAGAAGGACGAGCGUGCUCAGCAAUUCAUCGAGGCUGAGAGUCGCGGUUCCGAGCAAUUGCACCUUUGGCUGGACCGUUUCGAGCAAAAGGAAGAUGCUCGGUCUCAAGCUGUGAACUGCGCCGAUGAUGUGCUACACACAUGCGAGCCCGGAGUUGAGUUCACGUGUCGGAAGAUCCUCUUCUGCUCCUGGUGCAGGCGCCCGAGUGCCGUGCUGAAGAAGAGACACAUGGCCCUAGUUGAAUCAAAGCUUAAGCAAAUCGCCCUCGCCCGGCAGAAGGAAGACAGUGACUCGCUUGCGUUUUUGUCCACGGGCUUCUCCAAUGGCUUUUCCGACGCGUGGUGCGAGUCUGCCGAGAUGCUCAGCCGCGUACUCGAGUUACCAAAUCUGGAUACUCGGGCUGGCCUCAAAAAAGUACACACAGAUUUCAAGGCAAUUCAAGCUCGCUUGCACGCUACCUACAAGUACUUCCGCCGGAAAGACCACUAUGACGGGAUGGGUGGCCUCAUGACCAUAUAUGUGGCAAUAUGCGUCGGGGAUACCAUCUUGCAAGACACUCUGCUAGAUUACGGUCUCUUCGACAAGUUCAUGGAUCUACUGGACGAGCCGUUGACCCGCAACAUGCCCCUUCUGGCCUUGAAUUCGUUGAUUCGUAUACCUGGCAAGCGGCUCACAAGUCUGCUAGCUGGCAGUCUUCCUAUCCUUGUCUAUAUACGGAACCAACACCCCGAGGAUCAGGUCACUCAAUCUUUAGUCAUGAGUCUGGUGGCUCGUUGUACAAUGAUGCAGUCGGCGUCUGUGAUGAAGACUCUCAACAAGCUGCCGCUACUCAUCACUGAUACGCUCAACUCUAUGCGAGACCCCAAUAUGUCGGCAUGGACAUUCCGCCACGGUCUACUCUUCCUCAGAGAUGCGAUCAUUAAAGCACCAGAUCUCUGCGCGGGUCAACAUUCACUCAUCACAUUCUACGUCGCCCUCAUGCGCUCUUCGGACCUUCGCCGACGUAUGCAGGCUCUGGAUGGGCUGCGGAGGCUGGUCAUCGAGCAAUCUCCUGGGAAAGACGAUGCUGAGCCAGUAAACGCCUUCGGUCUUGUGGCGCUUGUCGAAAAGAACCCUCUUCCUCAAGAUCUGGCUGAGAUCUGCGAUGCAUUCGGUCGGGAGAAGUGUACCCUCAGUCUGCUCAAACACGCUCGUGACAAUGUAUCAGCACUUUUGGCCAUGUCCGCCAUGCCAGAUCCCGACUACGUCGCUAUCGGGCGUGGACUGGCCGUUGAGACGGAGAACUGCCCUUACCUGGUCGGUGAUCUGGUAUGCGACUGCUGUGGCGAGCGCUCUCCACGAAGCGACGAUGGGCAGAUGUCGGGCUUACUUAAGAUCUGCGCCGGAGCAUUGCGCGCCACUGGAAAUACCAAAGACGUACAAUGGGCCGAGACGCUCGAACUGCGAGCACUAUCCUUGAGCGGAAAGACGCUCUCUGUGAGCGAGGCGAAGAAGCACAGUCUCACCUCCAUUUACGCAUCCCAUGUACUGUGUAGCGGUCGCAGGAUGGACCUCUUCCCGCUCGCCAAGAAGGCGCUCCGAAAGCCUGAGGGUCGGCCCGCGUGGAUUCAGCACUUGAUGCGCCAUGACACCGCCUAUCACGCUUUGCAGAGAUCUGCGCGAGAGGCUGGCGUGCGUGACGAGGAACGCGUCGCGCUGUUGCACUCAGCGCACGAAGACGCUCUGAGACUGAUUGAGGUCGACAUGGCUCCCCCAGAUGCUCUGUCGGGUCAAGGAGACUCGGCUUUAUAUAUCGUGACCGCGAUGAUGCUCGAUCCCUCGCUUACUCUCGAAUCUCCCGACAUCAAGAACGCUCUUGAACGUAUCGAUGUCAACCAACGGUUUCUCUCCCACCUUCAGAACCCCGUCCAUCCCAGGGCUGCGGGAGUUCAGGUCUGCAAGUAUGUCACCGACAACAUAUCGGAGGCCUUAUCGGAAUGGGGCGGGAUGCUUCGACGGGCAGCCGAGCUCUUCGAAAAGGACGAACGCGCACAGUUACUCAUGCAAGCGGAGACUCGCGGUCCGGAGGCACUUCAACUUUGGCUUGACAGAUUUGAACAGAAGGACGAGACACAGCCAAAGGACUUGGAGUGUGGCGCCGACGUGCUUCAUGUGUGCGAGCCGCUGGUCGAGCCUACCUGUCCGAAGAUACUCUUCUGUUCGUGGUGUAGGCGCCCCAGCGCAGUGGUGAAGAAAUGUGCCCGGUGUCGUCAGACGACAUACUGCGACUCGGAGUGCCAGAAACUUCACUGGAAGCAAGGGCACAAGGAAGUUUGUACCAAAGCGGGCGAGGGGAUUCAGCAAGGGCAGGCCUGUUAG